ACAAUAGCAAUUCUCCAGCGGAACCCUAGCCAGUGACAGCGCGCGCGCAGUCCCGCGCCCACUCCCGCGAUUGGCAGACGCUCGACGCCCGUUCUAUAUUUAAAUUUCAAAUUCAGAGCGCGAGUUCAAACUUCCUCAACAUGGAAACUAAAUCGAAUGGCGUCGAUAUGAUGGACUGGGCCAGGGCGCCGCCGAAGAAAGGACCCUUCCUGGAACGACUGGGAAAAGUCUUGUAUGAUCCUGAAGAGAAAAGCUUCCUCGGACGCACGCCGAAGCGGUGGGGUAUAAUCCUGGCAUUCUACCUGGUGUUCUACAUCGUGCUGGCCGUGCUGACCAGCAUCUGCUUCGGCGGCCUGUACCUCAGUCUGGACGAGAACAAACCCACCUACACGCUCAAGGAGUCGCUUAUUGGCGCCAACCCGGGCGUGGCGUACCGCCCUCGGUCCGAGGAUGGGUUCCUCAUGAAGUACUCCAUGGACAACAGCUCGCACACCGUGGAGCUGGUCGACCAGAUCAAGGAGUUUUUGGAAGCUCACGACAAGGAGAGCUACGCCGCGAAGACCACCUGUAACGCCGCAGACAACUACGGCUUCCCAGAGACCCCCUGCUUCUUCAUCAAGCUGAACAAGAUCUACGCGUGGGAGCCGCAGUUCUACGACGAGGUGUCGGCUCUGCCGGACGACAUGCCGCCCGCGCUGGUGGCGCACAUCUCCAGCCUGCCCCAUGAGGAGCGCAAGCAAGUGUGGAUCUCAUGCGAGGAGGAGAAGACGAACACCACGACCCUGUCCUACCCGUGGGGCAUGGGGCUGCCGGGCCGCUACUACCCCUUCAUGAACGUGCCCGGGUACCAGAGCCCCAUCGUGGCUGUGCAGAUCACGCCGCCGACCAACGUCCAAGUGGCGAUCCGCUGCCGAGUCUGGGCGAAGAACGUGAUCUACAACAAGAGUCUGAAGGAGCCGUCCGGCUACACCCGCAUCCUGCUCACCGUCGAGAACGACAACGAGGACCACCGCAAAUGAUACCGUCACCUAAAUUUGACCGACUAGGGGCCACUUGCACCAACAUGUUAAGUCUAGCUUUAGUGCCAAUUUCU